AUGACUACGCAGCCGAGCUAUAUACAAGAGCUUCCAGUCUUUGAAGGAGAUAGCACCGAGUGGACGGCAUUUCAGGUCAUAUAUGAUAACACAGCUUCCCUAUUUUCACCAGUUCAUAAUAUGGCAAGACUUCGGAUUGCGAUAAAAGGGGAAGCCAGGGAGAGCUGCAAGAGUCUUCUAUACUCCAGUAUGAAGCCUGAAGAUGUUAUGAAAGCACUACGGGCGGCCUGA